CAAUGUUUGUGACUCAGUGUGGUCAAGGUUAAGCAGUUCGUUGCCCCCUUUAUACACCAAAUGACCCUUCCCUACAAGGUACCAUGUAUAGAUGAUGUGGGUGAAUUUGCAUAUAUAGAGUGACCUCCUGGAGUCCGAGGAGCCUUAGGCAGGGAAGCAGCAGGACAGGAGACUUUCUGACGGCUAAUUCAGUUAUUUCCUAAUCACCCUAGUGGUGCCAAAUGAGGUGUUUCUUGAAGUUGGAGAGAAUCUGAUGCAUGUGACGAGGACAGCAACUCCGGGAUAAGAGCUGUGUAUUCACGAACCAGAGCACGAAUCGGUGACUUUUUUUUUUUCCAUUCAGUACUUAUCUCGUUUUCAAUUGAGUCCAACGUUGACAUACAACUAACUUUCAGACAGGCUGCAGCAACCAUCUAUGCCCAGUAGAGGGAGUUGGAUUCACGGCGUGGCUCUUUUCCCAUCUGUUUUAAUAAGCAUGUUUCCGUGAAAGCUAUUCCAGAAACACUGCUAAGGGUUUGCUGUAACAUCCGAGGCUAGUCUACCAGUAUAAUGCACUUAAGUGUAAAUACAUUUUUUUUCGCAAAGGCGAUUAAUUGCGUGGCAUCUGGUCCCCGAUAAAUAGGCCCUCACGCGUAAAACACAUCGCAUUACACGGAUCAAUUCCUGGCCGUAGGACGGAGACGGCGAGGUGCCGCUUUUCCUGUGAUUGCGCGGACUCCGCCUGACGCCGUAUCGAUCGGAUCCCGGUCCUGUUUUAAAUGCUCCUCACUCAUCCCACCUCUGUAUCUCGGCACCUUCGUCGCCAACGGAUGCUCUUCACGUCUAUCAGAGUGGCACGCGCGUGCAAAGCUGCGUCCGAACCUCCAUCCACCGUCGCCUCCGAAAACUGAUCCGUAUGAAAUGCUCCCCAGAAUAAGCAGCGAGGAACCUUCCCAAAGCAUGUGAGCUGCUAUUGGUGUGAAGCGCCGAGAGAUGGAUGUCUUCAUCACCAUUCAGAAAGCCUACUAUCCCCUCCUGUGUGCUUUGGGAAUCCCAGCCAACCUCUUCACUUUCUACAUGGUCUGUUUCCGUAAAUGUGGGAUGUCGGUGACAGCCAUCGUUUACUUGGGCUCCCUUACCAUCAUCGACACCUUUUAUGUCCUCUGGGUGAUCCUUUUAGACCUCACCCUCACGUUCCUGCAGCAGAAGCCUUUUUGGCACUCGCACCCCUGGUGCAGCAUCCUGACCUUCCUGCAGUUCGGCUCACUCUACAGCUCCUCCUGGAUCGUGGUGGCCUUCACCAUUGAACGCUACUUGGUGCUGAGCUCCACCUAUGCCAGUAGGUGGCGCCAGACUCACACCACAGCUGUGCUCACCUGUGUAACCAUUGUCCUGCUUUCCCACCUGGCUUCCAUUCCCUUGUGCUGGAUCAACGCUGUUGUGAGCAUCAACAUCACUAUGCCAGACGGGGUAAACAUCUCCGGCCCCCGGUGCCUCUACAUGGAGGGUCCCUACUCCACGACAGUGGUGUGGGUCACCACCUUCCUCUCCAGUGGGCUGCCCAUCUUUCUCGUCGUUCUCUUCAAUUCGCUCAUCGUCAGCCACGUGGUGCAAGCCCACCGCCUCUUCACGAAGGAGGAGCUUCGAGCCAUGAAGGUUUCUGGGAGAAAUUCUGCAGGUGGAGUUCAGAGAAGCGUCCUGCUCCUGGGAACAGUGUCCGCAGCCUUUGUGGCAUUUAGCAUGCCCCGAUUCGUCACCUACUGCGUCCUCCGCACGGUGUACAACCGCGAGGACUUCAACCGCAAUGAUUAUGGACUGCCCAUCAACGUGGCCAGCGACCUGGCCAACAUGCUGCAAAACCUCAGUUCCACCACCAACUUUCUUCUCUACUGCGUGGUCAGCAGGCAGUUCCGCCACGAGUUGGUGCAUCUGCUUAGCUGUGGUUCCCGGAUCAGGCAGGUGGGUUCUGCUUUCACACAGAGCACCAUGAAAGUCUUCUCUGUGGCGGACCACAGGUCCACCACGAGCAGAGAUCCCGUCAACAUUGUUCUCACUAAGCUCCCCAAGCAGACUGAGUUUGGCUGAUGUUCUGCUGGAGGAAAAAGUAUCUCAAGCUCUUAGAAAAAGGAACUAAUCUGGUUGCCUGCGUAUACUGAAGAUAAUAAUGGAUGUCUAUAAAGUUUUUUCACUGUAUGCGCCGGCUCAUUCAUAUUUGUCGUUUGGGUCUUAAGUAAAAAUACUCCUGAAAAGUCACAUGAAUAUCAGACAAAAACUAAAAUCUUCAGAACUGGGAGCUUUUGAUUGACCACAAAAUGACAGAAUCCAUUUCUUGUGCUGCUAGCGAUCGGUGUUUUGAGCCACUUAGAAAAAAAUGUCUGUCUCGUUUUCCUGGUUCCCAGUAAGUGUUUAGGCUCUGCCUGUAAAGUAAAUGCAGGAAGCCACUUCAUUUCCACUCAAGUUACAACAUGGCAGUGUGAGGCUCUAUGUAACUGUACCAAUGGCAAUAAAAGUAUCUUAAUUAGGGACUGA